ACCCCGCGCCGUGACCGGCGGUGGUGGCACAAUGGAGGCAGAGGGCAGCCGGGCGCGCCGCAGGAAGCCCGACAUGGCCCUCUAUGUGCCCAAAGCACGGCGGGAGAGAGCGGCACAAGCGGCAGCCGCCAGCCACCGGGAGCCUGAGAAGCUGCACCUGGCACAAGACAUCCCCAGGGGUGGCUCUGAGGGGCAGAGGCGAAGCCCUGGAACCAGGACACACGUGGGCAAAGAGGCUGGCAGGGAGAGCAAGGCCAGGGCCAAGGAGCCACGGGCAGCCUCUGCUGGGGACAGACAGGCAGUGGGAGUAUCGCCCGAUGUGCAGGAGCCAAGCGUGGAGCCAGCUGCUGCGCAGCCCUCAGGCAAAGAAUCCUGGGAUGCAGGGCCUGGGGAGCGCAGCCAUGGGUUGAGGACGGUGCCGGACACUCUGGGCGCCCAUCCUGCAUCUGUCCCUGAGCAUGGUGGAGAUCCUGAUGAUGUAAUGGCAGCUGAGCAGAGCGUGGUGCAUCGGACAGAGCUGGGCAAUGUGACGGAGCUCCUGGGUCACAGCUCUCUGGGUGCAUCUAUGGAGUGCUUGAGAUGCACAGAACAGGGUGCCUUGCAGCAGGCAGGAGGGGGAAAUGUGGGCAGCGUACCCAGGCUCAGCUGGGAGAGUGUGAAAAGCCAUGAGGAGAAGAGGGAGUGUGAUGAAUCUGUCCUUGCAGGGCAGGGUGAGGGCUGGGACAUGGACAGCACAUCCCAGCUCCUGCCAGAGCAUGAGGAGCAGCUGCCGCCCAGCAAGGAGCAGGCCAGUUCUGGUGCUGGACACGAUGGAGGGGAGAGUGUUCUUGCGCCCCAUAGGAGCAAUGAUUUGGGAACUGGUGAUGAGAUGAGCUGUGCUGAGGGGACAGAAAGUGGCCCCGGGGAAGGGGAUCCCCUGGACAGACCCCUGGCCCUGAAACCCGUUGAGCUGCUGUGCCACGGCAUGGAGCAGCUCUCGUCUGGAUCCUGGGCUGAGGAACCAACACAAGCAGAUGAGGACAAAGGCUGGCAGCAACAGCACCAGGAGGAGGAGGAGGAGGGUGAGGAGGGAUGUCCCCAUGGCAGCUCCCUAAAGCCAAAUCAGCCUGGUGCUGGGACCCCGAGCAGCCCAGGCGGCGCAGAGAGCUGGGAUGCGCUGUUCAAUGAUGAUGGGGAUUGCCUGGACCCACACCUGCUGGAGGAGCUCUCUGGGGGCCCGGAGCACCGGCAGAGCCUGCAGGAGCCCCGCUUCAACUACUACAGGGCUGAGCCGGCCGUGCCGGACCUCAGUGACGCUGAGCUGCCCCACGUCAUCGAGAUCUAUGACUUCCCCCCGGAUUUCCGCACCGAGGACCUCCUGCGCAUCUUCUGCAGCUACCAGAAGAAGGGCUUUGACAUCAAGUGGGUGGACGAUACUCAUGCUCUGGGCAUCUUCUCCAGUCCCAUCACAGCGCUUGAUGCCCUCAGCACCAAGCACCUGAUGGUGAAGACUCGACCGCUGUCCCAGGGCACACGGGCAGCCAAAGCCAAGGCGAGGGCAUAUGCUGACUUUCUGCAGCCAGCCAAGGAGCGCCCCGAAACGUCAGCAGCACUGGCACGGCGCCUGGUCAUCGGUGCCCUGGGGGUGCGCAGCAGUCAGACCCCUGCCCAGCGGGACGCCGAGCGCAGGAAGCUGCAAGAGGCACGGGAGAGGAAGCGCCUGGAGAACAAGCAGCGGGAGGAUGCCUGGGAAGGCCGGGAAUGAACGUCCUGCAGUGGGAUGGUGCUGGCGAUGCUGCCAGGGGCACCUGCACCUGGGGAUGGAGCUGGUGCUGCUGCCCUGUGGGCUCUGUGUUAGGUGGAGCAGGCACACAGGAGAGGGGCUGGGGCACAGCUGCAGGGUGCUUGAGGGCCGGUUAGGGGCAUGCCACGGUGUCCCAAGGCUGUCCCCAGGGCUAUGGUGACACAUGCUGUGUGGUCACCAUGGCCACCCUGAGCGUUGUGAGUGAGAAUGUCCUUUAUUUUGUUAAUAAAUACCAUUUAUUUUGC